UUAAAAUUCUAGUUUAUUGCAUGGGUCGUUAUUUUUAUGUAAAUAAACGGGACUAGAGGAAACCAGCCCAUAAAUAAUAAAGCGUUAAUGUUACGUUAGAAGCAGUAUGAAAACAAACAUUUCAUAGACUACCUAUUUCGAUUAAAAGUUUGUGUUAUCAUUUACUUUCUAGAUAAUAACAACUAUUAUUAGUUUAAAGGUUACCAACAGUUGGAGCUGAGUGGUGGAAUAAAGGUUACCAACAAUUGAAGCUGAGUGGUGGAAUAAAGUUUUAGGAGGUUUUUAUGGCAUUUUUGAAUUUGUUUUUGGCAUUUUUUAUUACCUUACCCAAAAAUAAAUUUUUGUUGAAACGACUAUUUUGUACAGUUAUUUUAUGUUUCGGAAUUUUAAUUAUGGUAGUACUUGUUCUUAGGAAAAAUAGUUUUUAUUCAACCAAUAAGCAUUUAAUAGUCAACCAACUGUGGUUUUUUAAUAAAUCAGACAAGCCAUCAACAGAAGUCAAAUUAACUUCAACAGUUAACAAAAGUAAUGAUUUUAAGAAAAACAUUAAUGGAGAACAUAUUCAAAAUGCAGCGGGGUCAGCCCAAUUUUUUAUAAACAAAUUAGAUAGUUUAACUAAUAAAAAAAAAUCUAAACAUUUUAGUCCAUAUCAACCAAGGCUGAGUAAAAUGUUAUCAUAUAGUGACGUCAAUAAAUCAGAUAAACAAAAAAUAAGAAAGAAACCAUCUUCAAGCGUUUCUAACAAUUCUGAUAAUAAUACAACAAUAUCACAAAUAAAGGAAGUGUUGCCUUGGCAUACACGACCAGACAAGUUUGACCACUUAAAUGAAAACUUUAUAUAUAGCAAUCUAAAUGCUUUCCAAGUAAACAAAAUUGAAACAGUUGGCUUGAUUAUUAUUGUGUCCUCUGCGCCAUCUAGGGUUGAUCGAAGACUUGCAAUUCGUCAAACUUGGUUUAAACAAUGCAAAUCUACUUUAAAGUUAUCUGUCAAAUGUGUGUUCUUAACUGAUUGGAAACCAAGUUCCUAUGGUGUUGAUCUGCAAUCAGAAUCUAUUAAAUAUGGAGACAUUUAUUUUCAAAAUUUGACCGGAGGAUUUGAUUUUGGAAAACGAUUUCUUUUUCAUAUGGUGUGGGCGAUGCAAAAUUUCAAGUUUGAUUACUUUUUAAGACUUGACGAUGAUUAUUUUUUAUGUCUUGAAAGAUUUCUUAAUGAAAUACCCAUGCCUCCUAAUAAACUUUAUCAUUGGGGUUGGAUUCAUUGUAUUAAAGAUUUGGUGCGUCCUGACGAAAGCAUAAUUUUGCUAUCGAGGGAUUUAAUUGAAAUAUUUUUAGGUCAAGAUCCUGAAACAAUGUUAUGUCAUAAGUGGGCAGAUCAAAUGAUUGGAAUUUGGAUUAACACAAUGAGUUUGCCUAACUUUCAUUAUAGACAUGAUAUCCGUUUAUAUCAUAAUCCACCUGCUUCUUUUGUUGAAAAAUUUAAAAAUGAGAAAAAUAUAUGCAGUACAUACAUAGGAGUUCACGGCAGUUAUCCAAAUCAAAUGAAAACUUUUUGGAAAAAUAGAGGUAUUAGUAAUUUUAACAAUAAAAAAACACUUAACGAUCAUAGUGUAUAUUGCUUUUAUAAUCAAUAUAUGAAUUGGAAAUUAUUCCUAAAUGAAUUUCAUGCUGAACCAACAUUAUGUAUAAAUGAUGCUCAUUGGGACGGAACGUUUGAAGCAACUUAUUAUUAUGGACGGCAGGGAGAAUAAUUUUCUGAAUUUUUAUCAAUAUUUUAUUGCUUUUUCCGUGUAACUUUUUUUUUCAAAAUAUUAAGUAAUUACAAAUCAUUGAUUAGUUGUCAAACAUCCAUAUUUUUCAAUUGCCAUAUAAUUCUCAUUGUUUUUUAUAGUGUUGUUUGCCAUCAUUUGUUUAAAUAUAUUAGGCGGCAUUUAUUCUAAAAUAAAUAAAUUACAUCUAUUUGUAGAAGGUAUUUAUAAAUUUUUUAAUGUAGACAUGUUAAAGGAAUUACUUUAUACAUAACUUUUCGGCACUAACGUUUUUUAUUACCAAGUUUUCAAGACUGCACAAUCAGAUUAUUUAUUUUUUGGAAAUAAGGUUAUUUUUAUUAUUUAGGAAUUUUUGUACAAAAAGAAUCUAAAACGGAUCUGUUUAAAAGGAAAGCAUGUUUUAUUUAUUUGUGUUAACAAUCAUUGUAGUUAUUAUAAUUGUUAUGAUGAAUAGACUGUGAUAA